AUUUCAGCGAGACAGUUACACUCCUCCAACCAACUCCCAAUAAUAUCACCAUAUCCCCUUCUCCUCUCUUUCUUCCCCCCCCCCCCCCCCCCGUCCCACAAAUCUUCAAUCCGCUCUUCUAGUAUUUUCGUUUGCUACAGUGCUAGUAGUAUCUUCUUCUACGCUUAAUUCUGCUGCUAGGCUCGCACAACACUAGUUGCUAGUCAUGGCAGAAGAGGAAGCCAAAAAAGUAGAGCCCGAGACCGCUUCUUCUGAGCCUCCGCCUCCGGGACCAGAAUCCGCUAAAGCUCUUAAAGAUGUGGCUGAGGAGAAACCACUAGUCUCAGUAACUGAGGAGAAACCACUAGUCCCAGUUCCUGAGGAGAAACAUGAUGACUCCAAAGCUCUUGGCAUCGUUGAAAAACCUGCUGAAGAGAAACCUGCUGAGGGUUCUAUUAACCGAGAUGCAGUGCUAGCACGAGUGGCAACAGAGAAGAGGCUGUCUUUGAUCAAGGCAUGGGAAGAAAGUGAGAAAUCUAAAGCUGAAAACAAAGCUCAGAAAAAGAUAUCAGCCAUUGGGUCCUGGGAGAACAGCAUGAAGGCAUCUAUAGAAGCCGAACUCAGAAAGAUUGAGGAAAAGCUGGAGAAACAGAAGGCAGAAUAUGUAGAGAAAAUGAAAAAUAAGAUCGCUGCCCUCCACAAGUCAGCAGAAGAACAGAAGGCGGCCAUUGAGUACAAACGCGGGGAAGAUCUCCUCAAGGCAGAAGAGGGAGCAGCAAAAUACCGUGCCACUGGAACUGCUCCAAAGAAACUCCUAGGAUGUUUCUGAAGCUGAAAAUUAUCAGGUCUACAUGAAAACUGUUGGAAUCUGCGUUGUAAAUUUUUCAUUUUAUUGCUUUAUUUGUUAAUACAUGUGUUUGGCUUGCAAAAACUGUGCCACGUUAAUUAGCAUUCAUUGUUGGGUGUGCAUAAUUAUGUAUUUUAGCAUGUGGAGGAUGACAGAAUUGUGCAUUUGUGACAAGAAAGAUUGGAAGAAACCGUUCCUUGUAGUCGAAGCUGUUAAGGUCGAUCUUCGGUAGGAUAUGAAUGCAAACAGUAAAUUGUCCUGGAAAGCUUGCCGGAAAAAUUUAGAAGUGUGCUUGCAACUAUAAUGUUAUCCUUCUUCCUCCUUUAUUGACA